GUGUGUGUGUGUGUGUGCGUGAGAGGAUGGAUGUGGUUUGUGGGAGGGUGUAAGAGAUAAACUAAAGCUGAACGGCUCAGCUCACUGCAGUGUGUGUGUUCAGUCUGCUCAGAUGGAUCUCGUGCACAUCGUGGUGUUGCUGCUCUUCACUCAGGCCAGAGUUUGUUCAGCCAGCAGCAAUUCUACAGCCGUCACCUGUCGACUGUCCAAGAAUAGCAUACCUUCAGAAUUGUAUGAGAUCCAUAAAUGGAACCCUUCACCCAUACAUCAGCUGACUGCACACCUAAACGAGUCUCAAAACUCAAUCAUCAUCAAAUGGGCCAUUAGUAUAGACAGCAGCAUUCAAAAUCUUACCGGCACAUGGAUUAAUAUUCCCUGGCUCGAUAAAAGUUAUAGAUGUGAAUAUGAGCCUCCAUUUACAUCAGAGCUAACCAAGCCGAGCAGCAUACAGCAGCUAUGGUUCAGCUUCACGGUGUCCAAUGUUUGUCCUCUCCUCGAAUACGACAUAGACGCAUAUAAUCUUCCCACACCACCGACAGGAACAGGAGACAUUUAUAUAAAGCGGGCUAAUACAGCUAAACUUGAGUGGAACGCUCUGAUUUCUGCUGUCUACAAUGGAAAAAAAGUGGUGGUGUUAUUUAACGUGAGCUCAGUGGCGGAUAAAUACAUCAUCACACUGGAAGAAGACACACAAACACUCAGCACGACUGAGGAAAGACGGGAAUGCAAAUCUGAGGCCUGUAAAGUGGAACUGGACUACACGGGUCCAUGUGAAGAAAACCUUCUGAUAAUAAUAACAGCACACUUUAAACACUGUGAGGGGGAAAGCAGCCCUUCGGUUGAGAGUACAGUGGACUGUAAGAUUUCAGAUGGAUCUGUUUUGCUCAUCGGUGUCGGAUGUGUGCUGACGCUGAUCUUCAUACUCCUCUGCUGCUGCAUCAUCUGUCAGCUGCAGCGGUGUGUUUUAAUGUCGAAGCGCAGUGUGUCAGUGCGGGUCUUGCUCCUGUAUCCGGCGGUGGACGCCGUGUUUCAGCGCUCAGUGAUGCUGCUGGCUGAACUCCUGCAGAGCUACGGCGGUGUGUGUGUGUUCGUGGACGUGUGGGACAGCAGGAGUGUGGCGGAGCAAGGCCCACUGCGCUGGAUCAACACACACACCGAGCUGGCGGACAGAGUGCUCAUCGUAUCGCCGCCUGCACGCAACCACGAUGAUCUUAAACCUGACGUUGUCUCCGGCAUGACGGAUCUCAGUGUUUCAGCUUCCGCCAGCAAUCUGUUCACGCUGGCCUUAAACCUGGUCAGCAGCGCUGCCAAUGACCCCCAGGGCCGAGACAAGUUCUGGGUCAUUAACCUGGGUCAAGAGGAGAAGAGCGUUCAGCCUGAACUCAGAGGUUUGAGGGUGUUUAAUCUGCCCAGAGACCAGGAGAAGCUCCAUCAGCAGCUCAUGGCUGGAGAAACGAGCAUCAACACAUGCUGCAGCACUUUCUACAUCAAAAACACUCUGAGGAAGAUGGAGAUCAACACUUCUCAAUGUGUGUGAAAGCCCCAAUCCUGAUUUUCUUUUUGAUAGUAGGCUCCCUUUACAGCUCUUUUAUAGUUAAAUUAAUGAGUUUGACUCUUUUUGAAUCCAUUCAGCCGAUCUCCAGGUCUAGCGGAAACACUUUUAGCUUAGCUUAGCAUAGAUCAUUGAAUCGGAUUAGACCGUUAGCAUGUCACUCAAAAAAUGCGCAAAGAGUUUUGAUAAUUGUUCCUAUUUAAAGCUCGACUCUUGUGACGUUUCAUAGUGUAUUAAAGGGUCAUGACACCCCCCACUUUCAAUUCAGGUCUAACUCAGAAUUUUUCAAAAGAUGCAUCGUAAUGGGGGUGGAGCUCCGCGAUCAGAGGCAGGAGUGGGCGUGGCCAGCAGAGCAGGGGAGAAGGAAAGGAAAAGGAGAUGCAAACCGUGAGGAGACGCAUGAUUUGAUAGUUUACAAAGUUAAAAUGCAAAUAGAUAAACUAA